AGUUUUCAGGGCCUGAGUUCCUCUGUUUCAACAUUCAAAACCGAGCUGGAUGAUUGUCAACCAAACUGGAUAAGAUGGUGUCUUAGGAACAAAUUUCAUUUCAUUUCAUCUCGUGAGGCGCCUACAAUGAAGAAAAAAUUGAACGUGCUGAUGACUGUAUGCCUUUUUUGUUGGCUUUGUCGGCUUAUCUUCGCUCAAAACACAAAAGAAAAAACUGAGAGCCUUAGCUAUGCCUUCACUAAAGGAGAUUUCGUGAUCGGUGGUUUAUCGCCCGUUCACUUUUCGCCCACGGAGGCCGAAGAACAACAGAACCCGAAUUCUUUUACUUGCCAAGGAAGACUCAACACUAGAGGUUUUGAAGCGGUGGAAGCGAUGCUUUUUACAAUGGACAUGCUAAAUGAAGGGCCACUUAAGGAUGUGGUGCUACCAAAUAUAACCAUUGGCAUGGACAUAAAGGAUACUUGUGGCAGCGCUGAUUACGCCGUUCGAGAAUCACUGAAUUUCUCGUUUAUUCGCAACGCUCAUGCUAAGGAUCAGUGCAGCCCAAGUUAUGAAAAGGAAAAGUUUCAAACCAUCGCUGUGGUCGGUGCAGCUUACAGUGGAGUAUCAAUGGCGGUUACAAAUCUCUGUGGAUUGUUUUACGUGCCUAUGGUGAGCUACGCAUCGACAAGUAGUUUGCUGAGUAAUAAGGUACGAUUUGGUUACUUCUUGAGAACUGUGCCUAAUGAUAUGUUACAAGCAAAAGUGAUGGCGGAUCUUGUUCGAAAGAUGAAGUGGAACUACGUGAUAACUUUGGCUUCAGAGAGCGAGUACGGCCGAUCUGGUAUCGAGGCCUUUAAAAGAGCGCUUGACAGCUUCGGCGAUAGCUACGAUGUUUGUAUUCCAGUGGAUGAGCGAUUCACAAAACGCUCCACAGAUGCAGAAUUCGAAGAAAUAUUUCAGAAGAUGCUUGCAAACUCCAAGGCUAAGGUUGUGAUUCUCUUUGCGCAGCUACACGACGCGAACAUUUUAAUUGACAAAGUUCGCCAGCACAGAUUAAUGUCGAAAGAAAAGUAUGUUUGGAUAGGUUCUGACGCUUGGGCAGACUCAAAACAAGUCCUGAAGGGCAACGAGGACAUUCUACGCGGAAUGUUUGGUGUCGUGCCAGAAGUUGUGCAUAUUGAAGAAUUUGACAAGUACUUUACGAGUUUCACAGACAAAAGAAGGAAGCGAAAUCCUUGGAUGCGUGAAUAUGAGUAUUUGAAAGUUGCACAUAACCCAGCUUUUUACCGGGACACAUUUAAACAUUAUCCUAAAGCGCAGUACGUGAUGGAUGCAGUCCUAGCGAUCGCCUACGCACUACAUAACAUGCUCGGUUGUCAACCUUACCAAGAUUGCUCCAAGAAAAUCAAGAAUCUUAAACAACGAAAAUUUCUGGAGUUCUUGGAAGACGUGAAAUUUCCUGGCAAGUCGAGGGAACAAUUUUCGUUCGACUAUCUUGGAGAUGCAAUUGGAGUGUACGAUAUUCGUCAUUUAGGGCUUGAGGAUGGCAAUUACGAUGUCAUAAAAGCUGGUAAAUGGGGUGGGAAGGAAUGUGACAUUCUCGGCGCUAAUCUGUCUAUGAGUUCCUGUCUCGAUCUGGACACAACAGUCAUUGACAUGGUUAACAAAAAUCUGAAGAACUUCACUCAAGAAGGUAUUCCUUUCUCGACAUGCAGCAAGGACUGUCCGCCUGGUUAUCACAAAAAUCCCGAGAAGAAUCACGCAAAGUGUUGCUGGGAAUGUCGACUGUGUAGCGGUAACACUAUUACGAAUCAAACCAACAUGGACGACUGCACCGCAUGCCCUCGAGGAUAUCGCGCAAGUAAUAACCAUUCGCGCUGUGAGCCCAUACAACCCACGUCUUUACACUGGAAUGAUACGUUAGGUGUGAUAAUUAUCUGUUUAUCAGGUGCUGGCAUCCUGUCGGUAAUUUACACCUUUGCAGUGUACUAUGUCUACCGUGGGACACCUGUUGUGCGAGCGUCCAGCAAAGAGCUGUGUUACAUUCUGCUUUUUGGUAUCGCGUGGUGUUACGCGACACCCAUCGUUUUUCUUGUCAAUCUAACAGACCAGGUCUGCAGAGCAAUUCCGUUUGUCACAGGUCUGUCCCCCGCGCUGAUAGCUGGGACACUCCUCACCAAGACGAAUCGUAUAUCACGUAUUUUCAAUCGCAAGCUUUCGAAAACAGGGACUCCAAGUUUUCUGUCCAAAAAAUGGCAAGUGUUGAUGGUGCUGUGCCUAGCGGUGGUGGAAUGUCUUAUCGGAGGAGGAUGCGUGCUCUUCAACGAGACUGGAAGCAAAUUGGUGAUCUCCGAAUCUAAGAAAGAAGUUUUGAAACAGUGUAAAGAGCUGCCUGACAUUUGUACAGCGAUUUGGUGGGUGUACAACAUGGGGCUGGCCUUGACUUGCACGUAUCAAGCAUUCCGCACGCGGAAAUUACCCGAGAACUAUAACGAGGCCAAGUUUAUCACCUUCACCAUGGUGAUAACGUGUAUAGUUGUAAUAAUUUUCAUUCCAACGUACAUAGGAACGAAAGGGAUCUACAGAACUACCAUAACCUGUUUUGUGUUCAUCAUAGGCGGUUCCUCAACCCUUUGCUGCAUGUUUGUACCUAAGUUGUAUAUAAUUCUAUGGAGGCCUGAAAAAAAUGUGCCCAUGCAGCCUCGCUCCUCGACAAUACGUUUGGGAACCAUUUCUCCCUCAGCAUCUUUUGUGAGGCGUUUGAGUGUAGACUCCAGCUUCAGUGACAAGGCCAGAGAAGGAAGAAAAACACGAAUUCACUCACUGCCAACGAUUGAACUAAGUGGAGCCGAAGGCGAGAAUGGAGAACACCAAGAAGUGCCGAGAAUCAAGAAAACUACCCGAUCCUUUUCUCUCAGUCCGGACAUGCUUUCAGGAGGUCGAACAAACCUCGAGCGGAGUCCUGAGCGGAGCCCCGAGCGGAGCCCAACGAGGCUGUUCCCAUCUCGCCGAAGGGGUAGUCUUCAGGCCCCUUCUGCUAUGCUUUCCUCCAUGGAAAUGAUAGAGGAAGGAAACGAGUUUGAAAUAUUCGGAGCCAGUAACGAGUGUGCUGGUGGUGCUUUAGACCGUCGAGACCUUCGCGCGGGUUUGGAACGGCUGAAAACGGAAUUCUAUGAACUCCAAGAAAGAGAUGAUCGCUUAGACGCGGAAGAUGAAAAAAAUUACUGCGAAGAUGAAGUUUUUCUGCCUUUAGACGUUGAAAAUCAAAAUGAUUACCACAACGAAGAGGAACAUGAAACUUCUGACGGUGAUUCUGGAAGUAAAAAUCCUAUCACUUGUGCUUCGAAUCUGGAUAAUUGUCAACCAGAAACACAAACAGUGUCUACGAAUAACAGAUUAUCCUGUCAAAACUGUGGUACUAUAGUCUCCCACAUAGACCGAGAUUUGUUGAUCGAAGUUUUGCGUACGCACUUGGCAAGGAACGGUAGGAACCAACCUGGCGAGAGAACUAAGAAAAAUUCUGAAAAUAGCCACAGUCACAAAACGGUGACGUUGCCAGAGAACCCGAGCGAUCAAAAUGACGCUAGUACACGCAGGAGAAAGUCAGGAAUAUUUAAUCAAAAACCUAAGGAUAAACACUUUUCCAGGAACGGGUUAGACUUAAAUGAUAACAGGCCGGCGAAGAAAUUGAGAAAUCCAAGCUACUACAGCUGCGAAUCCAUUAGUUUGCCUUCUCUCGUUAGUGUCUUCUCUCAAGAAGAGUGCACUCUUGAUUUGGGCGUGAUGAGGACCAAGAAUACUGAAGAUAAGCAGAAAAAAGCCAACAAGGCGCUCAUGAACGGAAAAAACUGCGGUAUUAAGGGCGGCGUUUUAAAAAGACCAUACUCUCAGCCAAAUGGAAGUGUCUGUCACGAGCUAAUAAAUGGCGAAGAAAGUGACUUUACCACCGAAAAUGAUAAACUUCUUUGCGAAGAAGACAAAGAGUUGGAAACUGUGCUGUAA